UGCAUCGAAUUGGCCAUGUUUACCACGGGAGUUUGCCAUGGGAAACCGUUGAAAACUAUCGCUGAUGCUACUUGGGGUCAUCCUCCAGCACAGUUUAAAUGUGUCCUGUUCGACGAGUGCAUCCGAAAGCCAAUCAGGAUGAAACUUCUGCUAGAAGCACUAACCCUGUACCUCAUCUCUCCUGCAGACUCUAGUUGGAUCGCAAAAUGUGUCUCAAUUGGAUGCAGCUGCAUGUACGCCAGAGAAAAUUACGCUUACAAGUCUCUGAUACAGGUCCACGCGUUAUUUCUAAGAGAGGCAUCCUGCGGCCUUAACAACCUGGUUAUCACUGAUGACUUGAGUCUUCCCCCUCCGCCUCCUACUUCUUUGUUCUCGCCUUCGUUUGAUAGUAGGGCGAAAAAACACAUACUCGUUGACCUACCGGAGGAAGUUAAUCUCAUGAAAAUGACUAACAUGGAUUUUUCGACUCUCCCAGAUUAUUCAUACAAUGGGAGUGACAAAUCUCAAGAUUUUGAUGUGACAACCCCCGGUAAAUAUGAUAAUAUUCUUGCACUGGAAAUGCACGAUCUGGAACUUCGACUUGACAACAACUCUACGCUCAAUUUCAUCCGAGUUUUCAAAGGACUAGCCAUCAUAGAUUUAUCAAACAAUCGUAUCACCAGAAUCAAGAAAAAUACCUUCAUGAAUAUGUCGAAUUUAAAAGUGAUAAACUUGAAUAACAACAUGAUUAUAUCGAUCGAACAGGACGCAUUUCAAGACCUCUCCCAACUUUCAGUUUUGCAGCUAUCAAAAAAUUCACUCAUCACCGUGCCCUCAAAUAUUCCACCCUCACUCCAAGUGUUGACUUUAGCUGAAAACCGGUUCGGACAUUUCACGAUCAAUCUCCACUACCCAAAACUUAUGAUAUUGGACUUAUGCGGGAAUUUCCUGAGCAAAAGUGACCUGAUCAUUUUGAAUGACGUCAAAUUUUUGAAGCGGAUCUGUCUCGGAGAUAACGGAGUGGGGAUGCCAGCAAACCUAAACGUGAAAGCUCCUUACCUCGCAAAUAUAACGCUCUCCGCUCUUUUUCAAAUGCACGCCCUCCUGGACAAUGCAACCGUUGAGGAAUUAUCUCAAUUUCUCUCUCUGAAAGACUUAACUUUGAUUCACUUCCACAUCAACACGCUCUCCUUCUUGGCCAACAAAACGCAGCUAAUGAAUUUGAGGUUGGAGCAUUUGACCUGGAAUGGGACGGAGACCAACGUCACUGAGUAUUUUGAAAACAAAAAUUCAUUGAAUAGAAUCUCCCUGGAUCAGAGCCCGACCCUUGCAAAUUUACUGCUCUUUAAAACCAACGCAAUAUCAAUCCUGAAAAAUUUAACGCACCUCAGUUUGCAGUUCACGGGUAUCAAGACGCUGAGCCCGGUUUCACUGCCGUCCCUGUCGAAACUCCACCUGGACAUCAGCUUCAACGCCCUGAUCUGCGACGAGCGACUCCAGUGGGUCGUCGACGCCCGGGCCGUCCAGCCCAACUUCCUCCUCUCCGAGGACAAUACCAUCUGCGCCGCGCCCGAGGAACGAAAACUCGUCGACGAACUCCGCGUCUCCAACGUCACCAUGGCAACGCCGACCCCCAGCACCACCAUCGGGAGCCCCGUGACGUCAUCCUUGGGCCCCGCCCCAAGCUCCCGGGGCACCGUCCGGGCCCCCGUCUUCCGGACCGAGUUCGUGGACUCCCGCCUCGCCCCCGAGCAGCGGGUCUCCUACCAGUCCGAGGGAAGGACCGGCAUCAUCGUCAUGGGUGCUGUUGUCGGGGUCCUGUCGGCCGCCGCCACCGCGCUUAUAUUCGUCUACGGGUUGAACAGACAGGCCAAGACCAAGUUCGCUCCACUCACUCUGAGGGGCUACAGUCAGGAAACAACGGCCCUUGUCGAGUAAGAUCUCCAGGCUGAUUGUUGAAAUUGGUAGACAAAGCUAUGGACAAAGAAGACAAAAGGGAUAUAAAGGCAUCCUAUUGGUGAAAGCGGAUGGUUGAAAUGGACAAGGAGGUAGGUAAUAGACUAACUAACGG